AAGACCAACUAAAGUUCAAAUGUAAAAGGUUCAUUGAAAAAUCGUUAUUCUAAUAAAAACAGCCGGCUGCAGUUCCGAAUAUCACCGCCGUUCAUCUUCUUUUUAAUUCCACGUGUCCCUUUCAUCAGAUACAGUUUGCUCCUCCAAUCUUCCUUUUUUUUUUUUCUUCCACUAUAAGUAGCCCACUCAAUCGUCAAAACCUUCCAACCACCGUUCAAAUUCCUCAUCUUCUCGUUGCUGCCGGCCAGUUUCCUCCUUCAUGGGGUUUCAAGCUUCAUACAAGUCCAGUGCGUGGAAAUGGCUGGGCUUCGUAACCGCCGUCUGGGUCCAGGCCAUUUCCGGAAACAACUACACUUUUUCCGACUAUUCCGAUGCCCUCAAGACACUCAUGAACCUUACCCAAGUCCAGCUUAAUAAUUUGUCAGUAGCCAAAGAUGUGGGUAAAGCAUUUGGUCUCCUUGCUGGCCUUGCUUCUGAUCGUUUUCCCCCUUGGGUUCUUCUGAUCAUUGGUUCGAUUGAAGGGAUGAUUGGUUAUGGUGCUCAAUGGCUCGUUGUUAGCGAGACAAUCAAUCCCCUUGCUUAUUGGCAGAUGUGCAUAUUCCUCUGUUUGGGAGGAAACAGCACGACAUGGAUGAAUACUGCCGUUCUAGUGACUUGUAUCCGUAAUUUCCGGCACAACCGUGGCCCUGUCUCUGGAAUUCUGAAGGGUUACGUGGGUCUCAGCACCGCCAUCUUCACCGACCUCUGCGCGGCUCUGUUUUCCAACAGCGCCUCUGAUUUGCUCUUCAUGCUCGCUAUCAUCCCCUUGGCAGUCUGCCUCACUGCGGUGUUCUUCCUCCGUGAAGUGCCUGAUUCUGUCUCCGCCUCUCAAGAGAAGGAAGAGAGCCAUUAUUUCACAGUUUUUAAUUUGGUCGCUGUUAUCGUUGCCCUUUAUCUCCUGGUUUACGAUUUCAUCGACUCUUCGAGUCAAGUGUUUUCCCUUGUGUUCGUGACUAUACUCCUCGUUCUCCUGGCCAGUCCACUGGUAGUUCCCGCAUACGCUUUUAUUAAGAACUGGACAUUGGGUGGGGCUGAAACGGACGUUGAGCGACAGCAACCACUGCUGGAAGAAGAAAGCGCCGCCGAUGAAAAGGAGGAAGUUGCUGACGUGGCAGUUACAAACGAGGCUGAGGGGGAUGUCGUGGUGGCAGAAGAUGCGGCGGCGGUGGUGGUGAAUAGAAAGCCGGUGAUAGGAGAGGACCACACGAUCUUUGAGGCUUUGCGGACCCUUGACUUCUGGAUCUUGUUUGUAUCGUUUUUGUGUGGGGUUGGAACGGGUUUGGCCGUGAUGAACAAUAUGGCGCAGAUUGGGCUGGCCCUUGGAUACUCCGACGUUUCUAUCUUCGUUUCGCUGACGAGCAUCUGGGGUUUCUUCGGCCGAAUUAUUUCCGGUUCCGUCUCCGAGUAUUUUCUCAAGAAAGCAGGAACUCCUAGACCUCUUUGGAAUGCAGCAUCUCAGAUCGUCAUGGCUGUUGGCUUCAUUGUCAUGGCAUUAGCAGUGCCGGGUUCACUAUACAUUGGUUCAAUUGUUGUUGGAAUCUGCUAUGGAUUCCGCCUUGCGGUCACAGUCCCAACUGCCUCAGAACUGUUUGGUCUCAAAUACUAUGGUCUGAUGUACAACAUUCUAGUCCUCAACCUUCCCCUUGGCUCCUUCCUCUUCUCUGGCCUGCUUGCUGGCUACCUAUAUGAUGCUGAGGCUACUCCAACAGCCGGAGGUGGGGACACCUGUGUUGGAGCUCAUUGCUACAGGCUAGUUUUCAUCAUAAUGACUGUCGCCUGUGCUGUUGGAUUUGGCUUGGAUAUUCUUCUGGCAAUUAGAACCAAGAACUUUUAUAUCAAGAUAUUCAACAACAGGAAAUCAAAAAAAUCAGCAACCAUAACACCAAGUAGAGAAUCAUAGAACAUUUAUGUAACAACAGGUCAGAAACAGAAGGAAUUCUACGUUAUCAUUUCUUAACUGAAACCUCCUAAAUACCUGGAAGAUUGUUCUGGUCUAUAAGAUGAUCACAUUUGUAACAGUGUUUGCUCAGAUUAUUAUGUCAGAAAUAGAUGACUUCGGGUUUG